AUGUCUCAGUACGAUCAGCGCUUCUCCGCAUCAUCCCUUGCGGGGCCCAGCAACGGCAGCGGUCGCGAUGCGAAUGGAUCUUUCGACGCGUCGCACCUCGACCCGAAUAGUCAGAGGAGCUCGUCAAAUAAUAUGAGAGUUGAGCCGGGCGCACGCCACGCUUCCAAGCAGGUGCUUGCCCAGACUGCGCUUAGAUCCCCCUUUGAAGAGGCGACAGCCAGGACGCGCCCUCACCCUCGUGACACCAUGUCCACUUAUUCACGCGCUUCCAUCGCGCAGUCACUCGACGACGAGGCACUCGCUUCGCGGGCUCCAGCGUCGCAGCGAACGCUGCAUCCUGCUGAAGCAGGCUCCGGCUCCGUCGAUCGGAAUUCCGCUUUGGGCGAUGAGCCUCGCUCUCGAAGGGCCCCUCCGACGAGCGAAACCUUGCGCUCGACCGGCGCAAACUACGACUUGCCAAGAUCCUCCUUGGCUGGACAUUCUCAAGCUUCGCAAACAUCUGGCAUCGGCCCGCGAGGGAACGCACUAAACGUCCGUGACUUUGCGAUGGGUCCCUACGAUUCGCGGACACGGGUUGCGCCCGCUGCUCACGACGUCCACGGAAGCGCUGAUCGGACGAGGGUAUACGGCUUGGCUCGCGAUCUGCGAGGAGUAUCUCCAGACAGUGCCCAUCUACCCCUCUCGAUGGGGGGCAGUGAUUAUGGGUCCCAUCCAACAGCCGCCGGAGCUGUAGUUGGCCAAUCUGCGACGAGUGUAGCCAGCAAUGGGUUCAGCGUAGAGAUCUUUGCCCCCAGCUUCGAUCAUCGAGGUUAUCCAAUCUACUCGGGCAGAGCUGCCAUGAUCCGAGGCAGGAUACGCAUGCAUGCGAGCGAGAGCUGCGAAGUCAUCGUCAAGGUGAGUGGGCAGUCUGUGCGGCUCGUAGGCGAGGUCUGGGACUGACGCUUGCGUGAAAACGCUCCAUGUCUUUGCAGCUUUGGGCGUACACGUCUCAAGGGUCUCCUGCGGCUAUCUGGGACGGUAUCGCUUUGUUGCCUCCAGAUCAAGGCAGCGAGACUCGAGUAUUUGAAGUUUUCGACACCGUCAAGACUGAUGCGCCUGGCGCACGCCUCCGGCCCCGUCCUGCUGCGCCUGGCGAGCAACCCUCCGACCAUUUCCCGGCGACUGAUGAUUUGGUUCUGGAGCUGCCCUUCGAGACGCAAAUGCCACAAGGUACUGCGACAAGAUGGAGGGACGGCGAAACGCAGGUCGUGCCAGUCGCCAUGCCUCCAAGCUUCGAAAUGUCUAGCGAGUCGGAUGCGAAGAAGAGGGCAGACGAUCGAGCUACCGAAAAGGAGAUGGCCGAGAGAUUAAAGCACGGGACGGUGACUUCAUCCGCAGUUAGCGUCAGGUCAAAGAUGACGCUAGGCUUUGGCAGUGCUGGCGGAUCGGUCGCGAACUCUGUGAGAGAGGCGCUGGAGAAGGGUUUUGGGGAAGUGUAUAGAAUUGGUUGCUUCUACUCCCUCAGCUUCACACUGCAACGGCAAGGGGACCCGGAGAAGGAGUCGAAGUUCGGGAAGCUGGUGGGCAAGAAGGUCAAGAAGGAAAAGCGGCCAUACGAUACGUGAGUCUCGUUCAGUUACAAGGCUGAUAUGCGAUUGACAUGGCUUCUAUGCAUCACGACCGCUCGGCUGACCGUCGUAUGACCGGUCCUUUCACAGCAUCACGAUCCCGUUCCUGUUCCUGGGAGAACCGUCCGCCCUUCGUUUGCCACCUCAGAGCCUGCCAGACGCUCUACCGAGCGAGAUAUUCUUCAGGGCUAAUACCCGCGUGGCUGAAGACUGGAUCAUUGCCCAAGCCACAGCAAAAUGGAGCGGCAGUCUUAUUCGCACCGCUAAGCGCAGCGUAGAGCUUGAGGUGCGUUGUAUCGACUUGGUGGUGGAAAUCCUGAUCCCUGCUGAGUCUCGCGUCUUCAACGCAUUCACAGCUGCACAUGUAUGGAGUCGAGGGGCAGCCGCCCGUCCUACAUGCGCCCUCUGCGUUCCCCAUUUUGAUAGUGAUUCGACCAAAUGAUCCUCACCUUUUACCGCGACCUAGGGAAUCGACCAACUCUCCAAGCAUGAGCAUCAGUGCCUCUUGGAAUUCGGCGGCAGGGUCUCCAGUCCCUUCGCAUACUCACAGUCCGGGGGCUUCGAUACAGGGAAUGCCUUUGCCACCUCCUGCAUCCGGCCUGCCGUCUUCCAUUCACGACGCGCUCGGCGAGCAACAAGAGCGAAUCGACGACGUCGAGAGCACUUCAAAUGACGGCCUUGUGUCGCGUUUCAUGCGAUCGUCACUGAAUCUCACUCGCGCACCCUCAGGACAUUCGAGCGCACAGAACCCGAUGCCGACUUCACGCAGCUCUGCCAGCAUUGCUAGUCCAUCGACAGGCGCCUCCCAUCGAAGCAGCACCUCCAAGCAAAUCACAAAGCAACGCUCCACCGCGAGUCUUGCGAGUGCAUUCGGCAAGCGGAGGCCGUACACUGCUCCUACAAGCUCUCGAGGAUCUCUUUCGCCGCCAGGUUCGUCUACGGUGGUGCCGGAGCGCAGCGAUGGGCUGGACCUAGCAAAGUUGGUGCGCGUGUCGCUAUUGCAGACCACCUACUGCACGGCAACAGGACCUUCUGAUGUGCCACGAGUGAGACGAAAAGUCAUCUCCUUGGCAGAAGUCGAGGAGAUAGAUCCAGCCACUGUAGUCGGCGGACCUGCGAGCCCUCCGCUUGACCUCGGAUUGGGCGAAGGCGAGACCACUGGAGCUGCGGCUUCGAGAGCUUUGAUCGCACACGCCAAGACUACUGGGGUUCGUGUCCUUCGUGGGGUCAUCAAGGUUAGCGGCGACACAACCCCGGGAUUCAGGUGCCAAGGUAUCGAAGUGAAGUACGCAUUAAAGAUCGAUCUGCUACCUUUCUCGGCAAAGCAUUCCAACAAGAGACCGGCGAGCGGCGGCGCCGGAACGGCAUCGAGCAUCUCGGAUGCUUUGAGAAGCAUAAGCGAGACCGCACGACCCUCGUUCUCCUCUAGAAGAGAAGCUUCGCAGUCAUAUUUCGAUCGCGGGAACCCGUCCGAUAGCGAUCCUAAUUCGACACCACGCACGCCGCCAAACUACCCAAGAUCUUCACACCUCGCGGGCGGACAAGCGGCAUCCCCGCCACUGCCACCUCUUCCGCCGCAGCAUCGCGGAUCGCCGGGUACGCUGGGCAGCCCGCAAAUGAGCGAUAUUCGCUCUUACGUUGGUGGUUCCGGGCAAUCGCAUGCCGUGGGCGAUAGCGUGUACGGGUAAGUCCUGCAGACAGAGCUCGCCGCGUUUGUUUGCGCUCAGGCUGACAACCGCUUUCUCACCAUGCUUGUAGGGAUGAUGGCCAGCUCGUCGGCAAGAUUGAUAAGAGCACUGGUGCUUUGUGGCAAGAUGUUCGCUUGGUACGCGCCCACGCCAUGUACUCUGGUGGACGUGUCAACCGAUGA